AUGAUCUGCGGCCAUGCAACAGUCAUUGCUACAAUACCUAAACCCAGGACGGGCAACCCCGCAUAUCCGGUCGGCAUUGGAGGCGCAAUACCAUUUGGGGGUACAGGCUCGGCCGAUAUGCCAGGUAACACCUUCUUAGGCGACGUGAGGAUGGGGGCAACUGGCGAUGGUGGCUCGAGUGUGGUACAUUAUGAACAUGGCAGAACAAAACCGAGGGGCUUGAGAUUGUUGGAAGAGACAUCAUCGUCCCCGGAUGACCGUCUUCUAAGUGUUCUGGAGGUUCUCAAGUCGAAUCAUAGUUCUGAGAGACAGUCCAUUAACCAUUUUCAAGGCGGCAAUGGCCCGGUUCAUGGAAAGACCCCACGAGCCUUGAACUGCCUCCUUAAUCCUCGUAUGACCCAGGGUGUGAACAUUUGUAUGGCGAUUACAUGGCAUGUGACCGUGAACGCCUAUUCAAGCGACCCGCUCGGCCGGCGGUUGGGAGUCAGAACCCAGUCUUCCAUUCCGUGA